CUCCUGUGGGGUUGAUGGCAGGGUGUAUAAAUAGCAACAAACCCUAUUUAUAAGACACAGGAACACUCAGGAGGAAAGCAGAAGCCUUUAUCAGAAGAUCUGACUGAUAGCUGUCUUAUUCAUUUUUAAUUUGGCUUCUGUUUUUUGACAGCUCGCUGGAUGAGAUGCAUUGCCUGAGCAGGAAGCCCAGGUCAUAUCUGCUGAACUCCUACAGUGAUUUUCAGGAGACUGAUGAGAUUGCCAGAGAAUCAUAUGAGGCCACCUGGUUAGACCUACUGAUGGAGACCAGACCGGAGUACAAGAUGACUCGUGUUGAGAAGGACACCAUGAGAAAGGAGAGCUACGAAAGCAAGCAGGUGGUUCAUUUCACAAUCAGACGAUUCCCAAACCAAACGAUUCACAUGGGAAGAGAAGGGGAGCCUCUGCAGGAAUAUCGUUUACCGUACAGAAACAUUCUUCCGAUACCAAUAUUUGUGCCCAAAGAUGUUACACAGCCUGACAUUACCCGUGAGCCCUCUCCCUCCGGAAUAAAAUCCAUCAUGGACUUUGAGACUAGUUUAAAUGGAGUUUGCCUUCAGAAGAGAGAGGUCUCGUCCAUUACCGAACAUAAGCCAAUGGUAAUCCAACCCAGGAGUCCAGAGUUCAGAGCUUCCAGCCUCAUCUCUCCCCCGCGAGACACACUCAGCUUCCAGCGACGAGAGUGAUGAGCUGAUGAAAGCUGCCUGCCACCAUGGACACAGAUACAAUGACAAGUAUGGUGGGUGACCUCACUCAUACUUAAAUACCAAAGCCUUCAAGAGACAUACAUGCUCGCAAUUUGUUCUUGGAUGAGACUACCAGAGAAACCUUGUGU